UUCAGAUCUUCCUCAUUUGAAUUUUUACUGGAAUGAGCUCUGGUUUCGUCCGAAAGUAAAUUUCAAGAAUAUUCAACCACAUAAUCACUCAAAAAGGAUGAGCUUCUCUACGCCAUACUGUUAUGGAGCAGAAAACUGGCAGUAUUCAACCGCAGUUGAACCAAUGAAGCAAAUCGAAGCAUGCCUUCAAACUGCCGGGAAAGACAGAAAAGCAUAUUCACCGUUGGACCAUGCCGACAGAAUGCCCCAAGAAACUGAAGAAAACGAACAGAACAACAACGGUGGUCACAUCAAAUCGCAUCUUAGUUUAUCUGCUAUGAGUCCAGUUCUCAGCAAUGCAACAGCAAUCCUCGAGAUGAAACAUCUAUGGGACGAAUUUCACGGUCUGGGCACGGAGAUGAUUGUGACUAAAGCUGGUCGCCGGAUGUUCCCAACCUUCCAAGUGAAACUGUGCGGACUAGACCUCCACUCCGACUACAUGCUGAUGAUGGACUUCAUACCAGUGGACGACAAAAGAUACAGAUACGCUUUUCACAGUUCCAGUUGGGUGGUGGCUGGCAAAGCGGACCCAGUUUCCCCUCCCAGGAUCCACGUCCACCCCGACAGUCCCGCCACUGGCGCGCAAUGGAUGAAACAGACGAUAUCCUUCGAUAAACUGAAAUUGACGAAUAACCAACUGGACGACAACGGACACAUCAUACUGAACUCGAUGCACAGGUACCAGCCGAGGUUCCACGUGGUCUAUCUUCCCCCGAAAGGUAAACAGGGCGAACAGAACGGCGAUAACUUCAAGACGUUCGUUUUUCCCGCGACUACGUUCACGGCAGUGACGGCCUAUCAGAAUCACAGGAUAACUCAGUUGAAGAUAGCCAGUAAUCCUUUCGCUAAGGGAUUCAGAGAUUGCGACCCUGAAGAAAGUUCCUCCGAUAUAUCUCAGGCUAGUCAACCCAGACAGAAAGCACCCAGAUUGACGCCAACAAGUUGUUUGAUCAAAGAUGACGACACUCAAGAGGUCCUGCAGACCCAGGACAACCAGCCGACCCAUCCCGGUCUGUUCCAGAACAGGUACCAGAACCAGACGCAGAACUCCGCCAUCUUCCAAUCGAACCUGCUCAGCGCCGGACUCAGCGCCAUCGCCCAGCCCUACUCCGGCGAACUGGGCCACUACGGCCCUGUCUACCACUCGCACAAUCUGCUACACUACAAUUCCAUGUACGGCAACGACAAGAAUCUCAGAUCGGGCAGUUUCGGACGUGGGAUGUACGGGAACUAUUCGGGAUUCUACGGGAACAACGGGAAUUUCAGGAGUACGGCCCUGCAUCCCAACACGUACGAUUUCACGCCAAGAUAGGAUUGGCGUAACAGAUCGAUAUUGUAAAUGUAAAUCUGUGUGGAAUGUGAAUGUUCGUGACAUAUCCUUGUAUUAUUCGUAAAUUUUUUUUAUACCCUAUAUAGGAGGUUGCCUAGGUUGAUUUUCCAAAAAAAUUGUGAUCUGAAUACUUUCGAAGACCAGUUGUCUUCAAUUUCAGAAGUUUAUAUAUCCUUUGCUAAGGAGAGUGCGAAAAUAUCAAGUAUUCUUCUUAUAUGUAAGAGAAAUAUCAUUGAAAAUUUUGUUUUUAUUAUACUGUUCGAUAUAUUUCGAUUUCCAUUCAAAAUACACGGUGUAUCUCAGGAAAUAUUCAUCAGAGACCCAUAAUCCAUAGAAUAUUUGUAUCAUCUGAGGAAUAAGAUCCCGAUUUAAGGAACCUUAUUCACAAACACCCUGUAUACUAAAUACAUGUAGAUAUUCGAUUAAUAUUUAUUAUAUUAUAGACUUUAUUUUGUAUUUUAUCCCUAACUUUUAAGAUAUUAUUGUACCUUACAUUUAUCUACUCAACUAAUACCAAAGUGAAAAGAUGUAUAGAAAACUAAUUGAUAAGAAAAAUUUCCAGAAAAAUAAAUAUUUAUAUUUAGAUAUAAAA